ACACGGGCCGACCUAGUUCGGGUCCGCUCGAUGCCGCCCGAACGCUCGCCGGCGCCCGCCCAGAAUAGACGCAGCACGUGCGUCGGCCGCGACACACGCCCGCUCCCGGCCCGGCCGCGCUCGCUCCGCCGCUCCGGCCCGCACCGGCGAGCCCGCGCACGCUGCACUCGCACGCAACUAUACCCCGCGCUUCUCAAACACCCAUGUAACUCGUGUUGUGAACCCGCGUAAAUGGACGACUAAACUCUACUCAAAAACUAUACGUAAACUAUUAAUAACCUCGUUAACGUGAAAGUAUUUAGUGACUGAAUGUUUACUGUGCUUCGAAAUUGUAGUGGCCUUGCUCGUUAUCUCUCGUCGGGAAAGCUUUCUGUUACCUUUCGUUCGGUUGUUCUUUAUCUGUCAUAGAUACGUGUUAGCCCGUUAGCCGCUUAGAGUGAUAUAUUUUUGUGAUGUAUCGUGACAAGCCUUACUUAAGUGACAAAACUCCGUAACGAUGUGCCUUAUCCUGUAAUAUUCGCGUAGUUUACGACGGUUACUAGAGGAGAGUGAUAUUUAGUAAGCGCGCGUGACUCACCGCCGCAGAUAUGCAAAGUUUCAAGUUCGCAUUACUGUGUGCACUGCUGUUCAUACCGGAACCUGUCCCCGCCUGGAAGGCUGACACUGUAAAAAUAUGGGCGAGAGCUCUGGGGGAUGAACUAUGGAAGUUGAACGAAGCACUAACUAAAGCAGAUCAGAUUAGAAUCAAAUACAAACAAAUGAAUGCGAGUGUGAAAAGAAAAGAUGGGAAACAAAUAUUGGAUUCGUCACUGCGUUCUGUUAGCACAAUGCUCACUCGCAAAAUCAAUGCCGUCAAGUGCAUUCACGCGACGGCAGAAAAAUUGGCGAGGAACUUCAACUAUACGCACAACAAAACUCUUCAGUUCGAGUACUGUUCAGCAAAGUACUCCAAGUUCUUCUAUGAAGACGAGAACGAUGACCCAAGUCUUCAUCAUGAGGAGCCGGAGCUCCCCAGAUACGUCAUAAACAGUACAAGAUACAUGAACGUGUCUCUAGAGAGGGACUCCCACUUCUACAAUAUCAAUGUCAACACUAACACCAGUUGUGUUCACGUCCCGACGAAUAUAUUCGAUAUAGAGACAAAUGCUUUAAAUUCCAUAUUAUGGUCAAAGGAGUUGAACGAAAUCUUCAUAAAAAAUUACAACUCCGAUCCGUCAUUAUCAUGGCAGUACUUCGGUAGUUCGCAUGGUAUCCUUCGGUUCUACCCCGGCAUGCGGUGGAACACCAAUGAAGUGGACACCUACGACUGCAGAGUCAUGUCGUGGUACAUCGAAGCUGCAACCUGCUCCAAAGACAUGAUCAUCCUAUUCGAUGUCUCCGGAUCAAUGACUGGUUUCAAAAACUACGUAGCAAGAAGAACGUUGCGUUCCCUUUUGGACACCUUAUCGAACAACGAUUAUGUCAACGUAUACACUUUCAAAAAUGCGACCAAUUUCGUAGUGGAAUGUUUCGUGGAUCUGGUUCAAGCUACUCCCGAAAAUUUGAAGACCCUUACUGAUACACUUGAGCCUACUAAUGGGGGGAAAACCCAUAAAGUGCAGUUGGAAGGCUACGCAAACUUGACGACAGCGUAUAUAAAAGCUUUUACAACACUCAAAGAGAGGAGGAAGCAUUGCAACGUGAGCAGUACACAAGGCUGCAACCAACUAGUGAUGGUGAUCACGGACUAUGUGCCGGGCAACCUCACAGAGGUGUUCGAGGAAUACAACCGGGAGGUGGUAGACAAUAAGACGUACAUUCCGGUCAGGGUGUUCACCUACCUCAUCGGGAAGGAAGUCACAAAUGUACGCGAAAUACAGUGGAUGGCGUGUUUGAAUAGAGGUUACUUCGUGCACAUUCACUCAGUGGAAGAGGUACAGCAACAAGUGCUGAAGUACAUCAACGUGAUCGCUCGCCCCAUGAUCCUGGAGCAGAAAGAACCACCGCCCACCUGGACUCACGCCAACAUUGACUAUACGCGUACCAGUAAAUGGGGUGUAAGUGGAGACAUCUCAAAGCCUGACGAAGACAAGCUGGUGACUUCAGUGGCGAUCCCGGCGUUCGACUACAAGUACAAUGAGGAGAACAAUGACGCCCUGCUGCUUGGAGUGGCGGGGACUGACGUGCCUAUUGACAGCAUCGCCAAGCUUGCUAAGCCACAUCAGCUCGGUGUGAACGGGUAUUCAUUCAUCGUUAGUAACAAUGGCUACUUGUUGCUGCAUCCACUUUUGACUACUACAAUUAACGGCGACCUACAAAAGAACUACAACAGCGUGGACUUCGUGGAGGUAGAACAAGUAGACGAUGGCAAAGGCUCACGAGACUUGGGCGAGCAGAUCAAGAACUUGCGGUACAAUCUCGUGAAUGGUACAGAUGGGAACAUGACGCAGGUCCCGGUGUUGUACCAUUAUGAUAAUAUGAGGAGAAUAGCCAGAGUAAGCCAUGACUACUUUUUCAACAAACUGGAAGGGACACCAUUUUCUAUGGGUAUCUCACUGCCCAAAAUAUAUGGAGACACAGAACUGUGGCUCAAAGAUAAUCCAUUGGAAGCAAAGCAAGGGAAGGAACUGACUGGCAUCAAUGUCACUGAUUACUUUAGAUAUAGCUUCAGGGUACAUCCAGAUUGGGUUUACUGCAAAUACCACUACUUGGAGGGACACGAGUCACUUAAUUCUGAAGUGGAAGCCUGGAAGUUCUUAGUUGGUUUAUCUAAGAAUGAAAUUGAUAUAAGGAAAGAGCAGUAUCCGACAGAAAAUAAAACUGCGGAUUUUAGUUUGGAAACUCACUGCGGCAUGACACCAUUAGGCAAAGAUGAUUACUAUUGCAAUGAAGAUCUAGUCAAACAAUUAGUGUUUGAUGCUAAACUAUCUGCUCCCUACUUCGAGAACUGGAUAGCGUCUGAUGAAGAAUGGGAUUUGGCUAGAAAGUAUAAUGUAAGCGUAAGGUUCAUAGCAACAUCAAGUGGUUUGACAAGAUGGCAUUAUAUCUUUGAUCCUGAUAAGAAUGAGCAAGUGGACGAUCAAGGUAACAGAAGGAAGGAGUAUGAUGGAAACGUUUUUGGUGAUGACUACCACAACACAAUAGAAGAGACUUGGUACAAAGCUGCAGUUCUGCAGCACAUGAUAAACAAGGAGUCUCUAGUUGUAGCAACUCCUCUCCCAGUCCUCGAUGAUAUCAUAAAGAAUCCUCCCAAAGUCAUCAAUGAAGAUGGAGAUAUAACCAUUACUUCUAGUUACGCGAUAUUUUAUAAAGACGGUAAUUCAGAGACUCCGGCGUCCGUUGUUGGAUUCCAGUAUUCAUAUUUGAAGUUUUAUGAAAGAUUCUUGCAAAUCACGAAUAUUGAUGUAGAUGGGUCGAAGGACCCAACAUGUCGUCCGGAUUCCGAGAAAUACGACUGUUAUGUAAUAGACAGUUCUGGAUACAUCGUAUUGGCUAAGGAGAAGGAACUGGUCGGCCAGUUCUUCGGCACGGUACAGAAGUAUGUGCUGCAAUCCUUCCUGGACAUGGGCAUAUACGAACACGUGGAAGUAUUUAACUACCAAGCUCUUUGCCCGUACUCGGUUUUACUGAAGAAAAGCAGUUCUUGGACUUUGCGAACGCCUUUUAGUUUAGCGUUCAACUUCAUCAACUGGCUGGUGACUGAGGCUCUGCUAUUGUUAACAAACUUCUACAAUCAGGACUAUUACGCUUAUGGCGCCGGCAUCAUCGUGGAGGACCAUGAGUAUUUCGAUCUAAACAACAAAGAGUACACAGAGCCGCCCACCACGACUGCAGCACCCUUACCGGAGAACGAAACAGAGACUGCGAAGGACAAUUCCGACGAGAACCCAUUCUCCUGCGACCACAGUAUCACGCUUUAUAUACUGAAUCAGAAAUAUUUUUUGGAGGCGGCUGGAGCUUCGCCGACUGUACAAAAAGAUGAGCCCGGGGAGUGCUGGCCCGCUUACUGGGCUUCGUACAUUCCUAAGACAAACUUGCUACUUGUGGUGGUGGAGAAACAAGAUGACUUUUCUGCGAAUUGUACGGAACCGCCCGAUACUAAGCCGCAACCGACGCUCAUGUCACGGUCCAGUAAGGAGCCCUGCCAUAAGCUGAAUCUAGGCGCCCUAUAUAGAAGACGUCUUGAAGGCUGCUACACUUACCACGACGGGGAGCGGAAUAUAACAGCAUGCGGUAUUGGGAGUAUCGCACGAGUCGACUUGGCCGUCCUUCUAUUAGCCGCAGUCUUGACUUUGCUGGCCAAGACCAGCCUCUGACGCGGAACACUCCAUACAUUUGUACCUUUGUUACUUUGGCAAUAAAACUUGUUGCACCCGU